CGUUCAGUGGACUGCACACAUGUGCAACAGAAUCUGCUUUCAGGAAUGCGUCAUUAAGAUGAACACGGUCCUGCUUGAGAGGAUGCAUACUUGUGCGUGAGUUUGAGUCUGAACAGAAGUCAUCUUGAAUUGUUAGAGAUUCAAUAACUCUUUUACGGAGAUCUCAAGAGGGGAAUGGAAGAUGGGAUAAAAACAGCAAAAAGUAAGCAAAAAGAUGGAGUAAAUAGAACCAGACAGACCAGAGAUGGGCAUGUGCAGAGAGAAAGUGAACAUGGGAUUGCUCCUGCGUUUGGCUGUUCUGCUUACAGCACUGUGCUGGUGCAUUCACAUCGUUUACCUGGAAACCAGCUGGCAGAGCUCCCCCCCACCCUCAGCUUUGGGACAUCCCACCCAGCAUGACCUGAACCAGGACCAACAACCCAGGAUGAAACAUGGCCCAGGGAACAAACAGGAUAAAGACUUUGAAAGCAGAACAUCUUAUCUCCACGCACUCAUCAAGGACGGUCAGGUCAGGAAGCAAAACGUGGACAAAGAACAGCUGCUGACACCAUGCUGCCCACCUCUCAAUCCUCACAGAAAGGCUCUGCGUUGGCAUAUAAAUCUCCAGCCCUGGGCAAGUGAGCACCACUCUCUGGAGGAUGAAGCUAAAAGGUUCCUCAGCUACAUCACAACCCCACAGGUAACCUGUGCGUCAGCAGUUAAUAAUGAUGCCACUACAGGAGCAUCCACUGGUGACUGGGCUGUGUGCCUCGAUCCAAAAUUCAGCAUAACCCACAGGAUGAAGAGCAAGAACUGUAGAGUGUACUCUUUCGGUUUGGGAGUGGAUGAUCACUCCAUGGAGCAUUUUCUUGCACAAUCGGGUUGUGAGGUCCAUUGCUUUGAUCCCAGCCUGGAGCAACCUCACCUACAAAGAGCUGAAAUGUGGUUCCACAGCAUCUCUAUAGAUUGGAGGGACCCCAGUCCAGCAACUGUCCCUAAAAGACAAGCAAACAAGAAACUGGCCACCAUUCUUGAUGACUUUGGACACAGAGACGUGGAUGUACUAAAAGCAGACAUGGAGAGCGCGGAGUGGAAGAUUUUGGAGAACCUUGUUCUGGAAGGAGUCCUGGAGUCUGUGGGUCAGCUGCUGCUGGAACUUCACCUGCACUGGGCGGGCUUUGAGGUGGCCGGCGAUGACCCGUCUGUGGUGCGGUACUGGUUCAGCCUGCUGAAGGAGCUCGAACGAGCCGGUUUUCGCCUCUUUCAUGUCCACAACCAUCUGAACAAACCUCAUCUUUUUUUACACAAGAACAUCUUGAAUGCCAGCAGCGCAUACACCGUGAGCUGGGUGAACAUAAGAUGGAAGCCUUCAUGGAUGGUACAUAAACAUAAAAAAAUUAUUUUUUAGACUCGGUGUCUGGUCUGUGAUGAACUCUCACACAGAUGGAGUAAUUACUUCCAGCGACUCUGUAUUUGUUGGCUGCAGGUCAGCCUGAUUUAGACAUUCUUGAAGCCUGGCUCACAGCCAGCCGUUCCCUCUUCAUAAACAUCUAUGGCCAAAAGACCACACAGCUCGUAUAGUGGAUAAAAACACACAUAAUGUUCCAAGGACAAGGUAAAAGAAAGAACCUGCCACUCUGAAAAUAAGUGAAUAUAAAAAAGAAGCAAUUUAUAGCAUAGCAGUAUGCUAUCUAGAAGAAUACAAUCCUUCUCCAGACACUUUAUAAGGUACAACUUGCUAGUAUCUUUCCUUUUCCCUUCAGAGCACAGAUUCAACAAUGUGUCAGAAACAUUCUUCACAGAUUUUCUUGAAUAUUGACAUGACAGCAUCACACAAAUCCUGCUGAGUGGUUGGCUGCACAUCCAUGAUAGGAAUCUCUCGUUCUGCCACAUCCCAAAUGUGCUCUGCUGGACUGUGACUGGCAGUCAGUGGAGUAAACCAAGAUCAGUAUUGUUAAAGAAACCGGCCUGGGAGGGUUUUAGCUGGGCCAUGUGGUACUAAGUCAUCCACCUCCUACCACCUGGAAGGUGAAAUCUUACUUCUAUGUUAUCUGACCAUCUACCAUCUGAAUGUAAAAGGCCAAGUGGUCUGAUGUUUAUUCUCUUUGGCGAGUUUGUUCAAACCGUAGCCUCAAAUUCUUGUUCUAGCAGGCUGCGAACAUCACCUAGUAGGGCCAUCUGAGGCAGCAGCACAUCUGCUUCAAGGUUUAAUAUGUGAUGCAUUCAGUUGUGUAAUCAUUCAAAAUAUAUUGUGACAAUGUUUUUGAAAAGAAUUAAUGAAUUAAUUAAAUUUCCAACAUUAUUCUGAGUGCUGAGAACUGGCAGGCAUCUUUGAUUUAAAGUUUGUUUCAGUCUCUGCUGCAAUAAACUUGCAUUCAUCUGUAAAAUCAUAUUAGUUUCUGAUGUACAAGAUAUAUUUGAACACAUUAUGGCAAGAUCUUUGAUAUUUAA